UUUUUUUUUUUUUUUUUUUUUUUUUUUAUUUCCUAUGUCCAGUCCAAUCGUGAUAGGAACCAUGGCUCUACAAGGCGCGGCCGUAGCUAUUUCAGGAGAAUUAGCACUUCGAUGCCUAUCUCCUAAACGAAACAAGAUACCACAUAUCAGAGCAUGUAAAUUCAUUUUGGGCUUAGCCAUGGCCUUAAAAUCAUGCUUAUUUCUAUCAUUUCACGCGAGUCAGUGGUCUACCUGUAAUGGCACAGGGAGGGCUGCAGAUCUUUUUUAUCAUAUAGCGAUGGCAGCAGGAAAUGCGGUAUUAGUGUCUAGAGUACAGGCAAUCAUACCAUUUCAGUAUAAACGGACAGCCUAUAUCUUUCAUUGGACUGUCUCCGUUCUCCGGGUGGUCCUAGGUAUUGUGGAUGCAUGUGUAAUUGUGAUCAGCAAUAACCCGGAUGGAUCAUGCUUAUAUGCGGAUAAUCAAUAUUGGGGCCCAGUUUAUACUUUGUACGAUACAGUGAUAGAUGUCUAUGUAACAGUGAUGAUCAGUGUCAUUCUCAUAUCGCACAUACGAUCAUUAGCAUUUGAUGAUAUGCGUAUCAAUAUUUUACUUUAUACAUCGGUUAUUUAUAACAACGUCAUCAGAACUGUAGCCUUGACGAUAGUUAAUCUUCUUUCGGCCAUAUUUAUUAUUACGAAAAACAGUAACGAGGCCAUCAUGCUCGUCUGGCCAAUCAUUAAUAUUUUUUUUGUUUGUCUGGUUGGCUAUGAUUCUGAUGUGACAAAAGCUAUUCGUAAAAUCCGUCAAAGACAUUGGCGCCAGGCAAAUUCUUCAGCCAACAUUGACCUCGGAAGCGUUCCAUCUGCAUCUCAGCCGAUGUCAAAGAAGAGACCGUUGUCUAGAGAAAUAUUAAAUAAUCAGCAAAGUAGUCUACACGAUGAUUUACAAUCCUCUGAUUCAAGUAUGUCACAUACUGAAAAGUAUGAACCUCAAAAGAAUGCAUCGACUGAGACUAGUACAGAUCAUACUAGAAUAGGACCUUAGUCCUUUGAUUUAUUAUACCCUUUUUAAACAUGAAUAAUAUAAUAUAAUAAUGAUUUUGUUUGUCCUUGGGAAUAAAAAUAAAAACCAAGCAAAUAGUAUUUAUUGAUUCUAAAGAUGCAUAAAGCGUUUCAUCAUCUGAAUAAAAACUUAAUUCGGAUGCCGCCUUAUUUGGAUUGGUUUGGCAAAG